UGCUGGUUGGUGCCUGAAAUCUGUGCGUUGCCCCUUUAAUUGUGUCCCCAGCCCUCGGGCGUUUCUGUCCAACGCCCACGUCAGCAAAUACCUUUUGUUUCUCUCACGUUGGGGCUACUUGUUUUAGGGCGCAAAGGAACGGCUUCGGAAGGGGGUCUUUCCCCCGCCGAGAACCGGGAACCUUCCCCGCCCGCGCGCGCGACCGGUCGGUGCGCCGCGGCCCGCGGACAGUUCUCCAUACACAGACUGUGUUUGACUUGGAAUCUUCACUUUUUUACUCCAUUCAACUGAUUUAACAGGGUUCAAGAGCAGCAUUCAUAAAUUUCCAGGGCUGGGAUGUAGCUCAUUGGUAGAGAACUUGCCCAGCAUGCAAAAGAAAAAAAUCCUUACAAGGAUGGAGAUCUCCACUCAUCAGUCUCACCUCCUGCAACAGCUGAAUGAGCAGCGCAGGCAAGAUGUGUUCUGUGAUUGCAGUAUUCUAGUUGAAGGAAAGGUCUUCAAAGCACAUCGAAAUGUCUUAUUUGCCAGUAGCGGCUACUUCAAAAUGCUUCUUUCUCAGAAUUCCAAGGAGACAAGUCAGCCAACCACAGCCACAUUUCAGGCUUUCUCUCCAGACACUUUCACGGUUAUCCUGGACUUUGUCUAUUCAGGCAAACUCUCUCUUACUGGACAGAAUGUCAUAGAAGUGAUGUCCGCUGCAAGCUUCCUUCAGAUGACUGAUGUCAUUAGUGUAUGUAAGACUUUUAUCAAAUCUUCCUUGGACAUUAGUGAAAAGGAAAAAGAUCGCUACUUCAGUCUCUCAGAUAAGGAUGCCAAUUCUAAUGGCAUAGAGCGUUCUGCUUUUUAUGGGGGCAGCUGGCGAGAAGAAAGCAGCUCCCCACACUCUCACCUCAGCCCAGAUCAAGGAGCAGGUAUAGUGAGUGGAAAGCCUUGGGGUAAGUAUAGUUACUCUCCAGCCUCCCAGCGGAGCACCCCACUCCCUGUGGCCAAGCACGAGCAGAGGAAAGAGUCCAUUAAAAAGACCAAGCAUCUGCGACUAUCACAGCCCUCAGAAGCUGUUCAGUACAAGUCAAGCAAACGAGAAGCACGCACAUCUGAUUCUUCCAGCCAUGUGUCCCAGGCUGAAGAACAAGCCCAAAUUGACACAGAAAUGGACUCUGCUUCUGUCGGCUAUCAGUAUGGUCAAGGAUCUGAUGUCACAUCCCGAAGUUUUCCAGAUGACCUGCCCAGGAUGCGAUUCAAGUGCCCGUACUGCACACAUGUGGUGAAGCGGAAAGCGGACCUCAAGCGACACCUGCGCUGUCAUACAGGAGAAAGGCCCUAUCCAUGUCAAGCUUGUGGAAAAAGGUUUAGCAGGCUAGACCACCUAAGUAGCCAUUUCCGAACAAUUCACCAGGCAUGCAAACUAAUCUGCAGAAAAUGCAAACGCCAUGUGACUGAACUAACAGGGCAAGUGGUACAGGAAGGAACCAGGCGCUACAGACUGUGUAAUGAGUGUCUUGCUGAAGUUGGCAUAGACAGCCUCCCCAUUGAUUUGGAAGCUGAGCAACAUCUUAUGUCCCCAUCAGAUGGAGAUAAGCAUUCCCGAUGGCACUUGAGUGAAGAUGAGAAUAGAUCCUAUGUGGAGAUUGUAGAGGAUGGGUCUGCCGAUCUGGUCAUACAACAGGUUGACGAUAGUGAAGAAGAAGAAGAAAAAGAAAUAAAGCCCAACAUUAGGUAGCUGUAAUAUGAACCAACAGAGCUGGCAUGUCUGCAAUUUACAUUCACUUCCUAUAUCUCUCCUUUCCAUGGUCAGAGUCUGGUUAACAAAUUUAUCAUACUGACAUAAAAGAAAUGACCUGAAAUAACUUGCAUGCUUUCUGAACAGGCCAUUGUAUCCAUUCUGAACUUUGUUGCCCUAAAAUUUGUUGCUGCACUGGAAAGAAAGACCUAACUUGAGUCGGCAUGAUGGAUAAACAAUUACCCUCUUACUUUAUUACACAUACCGUCUUUCUUUUAAUAUUGAAAGAUCCACUUAGCAAACUUUCUUCAAAGAAAAUAUUUUAAAUAAAUUUAUCAUAGCCAAACUUUAUAUAAGACAAUGUUAAGGUGUUUCAAAGAUAUAUAUACACUACCAAUAUUAGUUUCACAGGAAAAACGGGUAAGGGCACAUUUAAGGGUCUGGCAACUCACCUGCCUGAACUAAUAAGUCUUUUCUAUUACUUUCAGAUCUGAAGCAACCUAUCAGUUUUCUGGUAUCCUAAAUGGUUAUGAUUAAUACCUAAAGACUAAUAGUAAAUGUUUGAAUUUGUUCAUAUUUGAAAUUUUUGUCAUUAAAUUAAAAAUGACUUAUGUAGUCAGUAUUGUUUAAAAGAAAAAACCAAAGAUUAUAUACAGACAUCAUUUUUUUAAAAUAGGAAACAUACUGCCUAGAAGUCAAGGUAGUUUGUAAAGAAGAUCUGUCAGUAACAGUUUUCUUCCUCUCUAAAGGACAAAAAGAAUAAAAAUUUAAAAAAUAAACUAGGAGGUUCUCAUCAGUUCUUAAGAAUAAUUUCUAACGUUUAUCUAGUGUUAUAUUACCUUAAAGUGUUCUGUCACAUAUUUUCUCACCUAAUUAGUAAGGGAGAUAUUAUUUCUGAGGACAUUAAGGUCAGAAGAUUUAAGUGGUACAAUGGAUGAUUGGGCAGACUGUGGUUUUAAGUAAUCCUCUUUCAUCAGUCUCUCCUGGUAUGUCUCCUGAAAUGACGAGUAUUGAAAUCAAACCUCACCCGCCUGCAGUAAUUAUAAAAAUCAAAAUUGGAGUUAGAAAAUACAUCGUAAGAAUCCGAAUUAGAAAAUCCAGGGCUAAGGAUAUUGCUCAGUGGUAAAGUGCUUGCCCAGCACUUGCAAGGCCUGGGGUCCAUCCCCAGCACACAUACAAAGAAUUAAAAAGUACGAAAGAAGAAUUUAGUCACCUUCAACAACCUAUAUCUUUAUCUAGAGUUAUUCAAAAGACCUACUGACAUAUUUUUAUGUCAGAUUAUUUAUAUGUAAAUUUAAAAUAUGAAACUAUUUGAGCAAAUUAUUCUCAUCAAUGCUUUGAGCAUUUUUGCAUAUCUUCUAUAUAUUUUUCACAACAAACUUUUGUCCUAGGAUACAAAGUUUAAACUUCUCCCCAGUAUGAACUGUGAAACAUUUCAAAAUUACAGCAAAAUUGGAGCAGCAUUGUUUUUAGUUCUAAGGAUAAAAUCUAAAUAUCAGAACAAUGGAACCUCAUGAAAUUCUCUGUGCUGGCCCAGUGGUUCACACCUGUAACCCCAGCUACUUGGGAGGCUAAGGUGGUAGGAUUCCAAAUUUGAGACCAGCCUGGGCAACUUUGGGAGACUCUGUCUCAAAAUCAAAAAUUAAAAGGGCUGUGGAUACAGCUCAGUGGUAGAGCACCCCUGAGUUCAAUCCCCAGUACCAUACACACACAAAAAAGUUGAGGUCUCUACAAGUUAUCACAGUGAAGUUUAAUAUAAUUAAUUUAAUUGUGGUAUAUAGUGAGGCUCCAUGUAUUAUACUGUAUUUUUAAAUACCAUGACAUACCUCAAGAUGAUAUUUUUGUUAUUAUUUUCUCUUAUUCUUUAAUUAAUGAUUGUCCUUGAUACCAGCUUGUAGGGCGCAAUACUUAAUAUCUUUAAAAAAUUUUUUUAUAAAUAGAUGACUAACUACUUUGUUUCAUGAUACUUAAUUCUGAGUCUUUUCCAAGAUUGCCCUGAUGGCAAAUUUCCAGUUGGUUCAAGACUGGCCAGUGUAUAUUGAAUUCAUUGGUUCUUCCAACAUGACCAUUCCUAAAUCAGGAUUUUUAACCACUAAGUAAUAUCUAAAAAGGGAGGCACUGCCUGCCAUUCUAUAGUCUUACCAGAGUGAUACUAACACCUUUCAAAAUUAUAACCUGAUUUUUAGUUGUUGGGGCCAAUAGGAAAAAUGACUGAUUUGAGCUUCAUUCAUAGAAAUGAAGUAGUGCUUGCAUGUGUAUACCCUAAUGCACUUUAGUCUAUGAUCUAAAUAUUCUUUUAUGCUAUUAUCUUCUGCAUGCAAACUUCACACACAUCAGCAUGAACUUCAACAAAGUCCACUGAACCCAGUGCUACCAGCACUUUAAUUGCCUUUUCAGAAAUAAUGCUUUCUCAUAACUGUUUAUAACAGGCAUCAAACAAUCCCCACCAAACAGCUAUCAGAUUCACUAAACUAUCUAUUCUAUCAUUUUAGCAGCAUAAAAGAAGAACAUUUAAGAAUGUUUGCAAGUUGUAAAUAAUGACUCCAAUUAUCAUAUCAGAUGUAUCUAAGACUUCAGAGAAAAUUAUUUUCUAGAAUGAAACUGUAUAUUGAUGAUUUCUGAGAAAAUUUAACUCUACAGCUUUUAAAUGUGGGAAAAUGCUACAAAGGGAUAUAAUUUGUUUAAAUAAGCUUUAUUUAUGCCAAGGAUUUUCUUUCUUUCUUCUCCUUUUUUUUUUUUUUUAAUAUCACGAAAAUAAUGGGAGUUGGUUAGGCCAAAGUUUGCUUUUUCAGAAAUGCUGUUUAUUAUCUUCUGGAUGCCCUUCUAACUUUAUUGCCCUCAAGAGUGUCUGGUUGAUGGGAGGAAGUUUUGCAAAAAUAAACCACUACUUCAGUCAUGUCUAGUGUCUGGAAGAAGAAAAAUAAACCAGAUCAUCAAUUAAAAAAAAAAAAAUUAACCCAAGAAACUCUUCAAAUGAAUUGUUUCAUAGAGAAGUUCAUCAUUGGAGGAAGAAGCUCAAAAACCAAGCUGCUGUGGCUCACGUCCUCCCUGCACCUUUUCCCAGACACCUCUGCGGAACUUGGGAGCAUAAAAUUGCAAAUCAUGGAGCUAAAUCACUUCUUGAAUUCCCUUUGAGCAUCAGAAUCACUUCAUUACUCCUAUUACUGACUAUAUUUAUAAGAAGAUAACUAAGAUAGGGUGUCUUAGCAGAUCACAUCCUUAGCAUAUGAUGUUCCUUGUAUAAUCAUGAGAUCUUAAAACUUUUAAGAACAAAAGUUUUAAUAUUUUUCAAUAUUAUGUUUUUGAGUAGUACAAUCAAAACAUAGUUACUGCUUCCUAUGUGGCCAAGUUACUGCUUAACGGAUGAAAAAUUUUUGGUGCUUCAGUUAUUUAUGAGCU